AUGAAUGACAAAGAUAUACAAAAGCAGUUCGAAAAGUAUGAAGAAAAUGUAAAACGGAAUAGCAAAAAAAAUAUCCUUAGCGAUAAAUCCAAGAGUAGCAUCGAUGAAGGAAAAAGCAAUUUGUCCAGUUCCUCCUCAAUGAAUAAAAGGGAAGACGGAGGAGACUCCCAAUAUAAGCCAGCGCACAAUGAUUCCCAGGAAGAGAGUCAUCUCUCCGGCACAAAUCAGUUGCCUUCCUCAGCCGCGAACAAGAAAAUACUCAUAAGUGAGGAAUACUCCAGCGACGGAGACGAAACGGAGUGCCUGAGCGAAGCGGACAAGAAGGAAAUGGAGUUUAACGAAUUAGACAUGGCGAAGCUGAGUGUGGGGCAAAGCAAACGCAUGUCAGUGAGUGCAGAGGCAUACGGAGAGUGGAACAAAAAAAAACUGAACUUUGUCCCAAAGGUAUACAAAAAGGAGGAAAGCGAAAAAGAAAAAAUAAGAGAAGCUUUAAAUGACUCCUUCUUAUUUAAUCACCUAAAUAAAAAAGAAAUGGAAACUAUCGUUGACGCCUUCUUUGAUGAACAUGUCGAAAAAAAUACCAAUAUAAUUAACGAAGGAGAGGAAGGAGAUCUACUCUAUGUAAUCGAUCAAGGAGAAGUAGAAAUUUUUAAAAUGAAAGAAAACAAAAAGGAAGUAUUAACCAUCCUCAAGUCCAAAGAUGUAUUUGGAGAAUUGGCUCUACUGUAUAAUUCCAAAAGGGCUGCCACAGCAAGAGCCUUAACAAAAUGUCACUUAUGGACACUAGAUAGGGAAUCAUUUACUUACAUCAUCAAAGAUAAUGUCGCAAAGAAAAGAAAAAUGUACGAAGAUUUUCUCACACAGAUUUCUAUACUGAAAGAUAUGGAUCCUUAUGAGAGGUCCAAGGUUGCAGAUUCUCUAAAAACGAAAACCUUUUCAGAUCAAGAAGUAAUUAUUAAGGAAGGGGAACCAGGAGAUACUUUUUAUAUAAUCAUUGAUGGAAACGCUUUGGCUAUAAAAGACGAGACAGUUAUUAAGACGUAUGGUAAGGGAGACUAUUUUGGAGAGCUAGCCCUUUUGAAGAACCAACCUAGGGCUGCUACUGUUAAGGCGAAAGAUACAUGUCAGGUGGUUUACCUUGACAGGAAGAGCUUUAAGAGGCUUUUAGGACCCAUAGAAGAAAUUCUUCACAGAAACGUCGAAAAUUACAGGAAGGUCCUCAAGCAGUUGGGCCUCGACACGGCUUGCAUUGAGGGGAACUGA